CCCCCACCUCUCCAAUGACCUCCACCCUCCGCCUAGGCAAAUUCCUGAAAGGCACUCUAAGCAACUACACCAUCACCAAACAACUCCAAGACUCCGUUUAUCUCGCAACAAACUUCCACGGCGAAAAAUCCAUCAUCAAAAGCGUGAACCACUGGCGUCUACAAAACGAGCGUGACGUCCUCCGCCGCUUCCAGGACAGCGCGCCGGGCUUACGGCCGUUGGUUGAUGAGAUUGAAAGGGAGGGAGGGGAGGCGCAGGCGAUUGUGCUGAAGUGGUUUGAGGAUGAUGCGUUACAUGCUUCGGGGGGGAGGAGGUUCACGAGGGGGGAGGUGAAGUAUGUGGCUCGGACGGUGUUGGAGGCGUUGGAGGUGUUGCAUGGGGAGGGGUUUGUGCAUACUGAUAUUAAGCCGGAUAAUAUUUUGGUGAAUUAUAAUCCGUUGGUUGAAUUCGAUCCUAAGAGGACGAGGAUUUCUACAGCGAGAUUGGCGGAUUUGGGGAAUACGGUCUCGAAUGACUCGGAGUAUGCUAGAGAUGGGUUUCCCAUUGGGGCGCCAAUUUUUAGGAGUCCGGAGGCGGCUUUGAGACUCCCUUGGGGGUGCUCGACGGAUAUUUGGUCGUUGGGGACGACGCUCACAAGUCUCAUCUGGGGUCUAAACUUCCACAUCUUCAAACCCCCCGUCCCCGUCGACCACGAGGAAUACGAGUUAGAGAUCCUGAUGAAACACUGCCAGUACUUUGGCCCCUAUCCUCUCUCAUACAAAGACCUCGCCGACCUCGACACGCAGUAUGUUCUCGCGCAUGUUAUGAAUACCGUUGGUGGGGCGACUUCGGGGAAGGAUAUGAGGAAGCCGUUUUACCUGGCUGGGGAGUCGGAGAUUUCGAAGGAGGAUAGGACGUUUUUGGGGAAGAUGAUGAGGUUGGAUCCGAGGGAUAGACCGACGGCGAGGGAGCUGUUGGGGGAUGAAUGGUUUGAGGAUCCGGGUGAUGAUUUUCCGUCGGGGAAUCGAGGCACUUAA